AUGGAAUCUUCAGGGUUUUUUUUUUACUACGUUCAAGGUCUACCGCUCCGAAAUAGGAUUUACGGUACAGGAAGAACCGACCCAUCAUCUAUUUAUGGAUGGGCAACAUCUCAUGGUGUGUCGUCUGUGAAUUUUCACAUACGGCGAAGGACGGAAAAUGGCAUUUGUUGUUUGUUACCGGGAUUUUUUGUUUUUUUAGAACACCGGGAAGAGAUCGAGGUGGCUAUGCUGGUCACGGCUAAAACGCACGGAGCAACUCCGUUGGUUGUAGCUUGUAGAAACGGUCAUUAUUACGUCGCUGAAUAUCUCAUCCAAAGAUGCAACGCAAACAUUGAACAACCAGGAUCAGUGGUUUUUGAUGGCGAGACCAUAGAAGGAGCUCCUCCUCUAUGGUGCGCCGCCGCUGCCGGAUGCCUGGACGUCGUUAAACUUCUCGUCAAACACGGAGCAUGCGUCAAUAGCGUAACCAAAACGAAUUCCACGCCGUUAAGAGCAGCUUGCUUCGAUGGUCGUUUCGAAGUUGUUAAAUUUCUCGUCGAUAACGGUGCAGACAUCGAAAUAGCAAACAAACACGGUCACACAUGUCUAAUGAUAGCAUGCUACAAAAAGCAUUUCAAGAUUGCCAAAUAUCUCCUCUCGAUCGGAGCGGACGUUAACCGGAAAAGUUCAAAGGGUAACACAGCACUUCAUGACUGCGCGGAAUCCGGUAGUUUGGAAAUUCUUCAGUUGCUUAUAAGUUACGGAGCGAAAAUGGACGUCGAUUCGUACGGAAUGACGCCUCUUUUGGCCGCGAGCGUAGCCGGUCACAGACACAUCGUAGAAGCUCUCAUUAAACUUCCCAAUUUGAUAUCACGUACGGAACGACUGGACGCGUUAGAAUUGCUAGGAGCGACUUAUAUCGAUAAGGAAAGAAACAUGAACGCAGCGCUAGAGCUAUGGAGGCGAGCCAUGCACGAUAGACUACAUAGUUCAAAUAACAAAUUACCCAAACCUCCACAAAAGCGAACGGUGGGAGCGUACGAUCACGUGAGAGAAAUAAACGACAUGGAGAGUUUAGAAGACUUAUUAGCGGAUCCGGACGAAAUGAGAAUGCAAGCCUUAGUAAUUCGCGAACGCAUAUUGGGCCCGGCUCAUCCUGAUACAAGUUAUUACAUAAGGUAUAGGGGAGCCAUUUAUGCGGACGCUGGAAAGUUUAACAGAUGCAUCGAUCUUUGGAAUUACGCUUUAGACAUGCAGCAAAACAUGAUGGAACCGUUAAAUCUAAUGACUCAAAGCUCUCUCUUUUCUUUCACCGAACUAUUCUCGUACAUGUUGAGCGAAAAAAAUCGGGUGAGCACGAGGAGCAGGAGGAUUCCACCGGUUAGCUUUACGGACGUGGCCACGGUUUACAUAAAAGCGAUAAACGAAGUGAAAGUAGCCGUUCAACUACUCGAAAAGAUACCCAAAUACGACGGAGAUUUAACUUGUUUGCAUAGGGUCAUUGUUAUUUCCCUGCACUUGGGUUGUUUGCUCACGAAAGUCAUGCCCGUCGCGACGCCCGAAGAAGAAGAAUUGAAAGAAACCGUUUAUAAAAGCACAUAUCAACUCGUACAGUUGGGAGUCACCGGAAAACACGGGAGAAGCGUUUUACACUUGGCCUGUUCGAGAGAUUCCGGAUUGGUUCCCAGCAAAUACGCAGGUUGUCAAUUUCCAUCCGCUCUAUUAGCUCAGCUACUGUUAAAAGUUGGAGCGGAUCCGAAAGCGAAAGAUCACGACGGUAACACUCCGUUGCAUUUGGCAGCAUCCGCGGAUUUCGUCGAUCCCGUACUAAUCACGACGCUUUUAGAAAACGGAGCUCACAUAGAUUCCGUUAAUUCGGAUAAGAAAACGAUGGAAUCCAUAUUGCGAGGACGACUUCAUCCGACGAUAAUAAAUCCGAUCAAAUACAAGAGCCUCGCUUGUUUGGCUGCAAACACUCUCGCGAAAAACACGAAAAGAGAAUAUUACGUCGACCAGAUACCAAAAAGUUUAAUUCCAUUCGUCGAAGAUCACUGUUGA